GACUGGCGCUGCGCACGCGCAGUGUCGAGCAGCAGCGCCGGAGCCGCACGAGUGGAAACCAGGAGGAGGAAACAAAAAAGUGGAGAGAUAUAAAGAAAUAAAGUUGAUACAACACAGAAUUCCAGCGGAGAGAAGGGCGACGGAGCCGCUAUGAACCAGCUGGAGUGUACAAGAGAGGAGGAGGACCAGGGGGAGUUGGAGUGUCACCAUGACAACAGUGACGGGACCAACAUCAACAACAACAACAACCAACGCAAGACCGUGUGUCCAGGUGUAGGUGAACACCCUCUUCAGUAUAACUACACCUUCUGGUUCAGCAGACGAACUCCGACUCGUCCUGCGAGUUCUCAGAGCUACGAACAGAACAUCAGACAGAUCGGCAUUGUAGCGUCGGUGGAGCAGUUUUGGAAGUUUUACAGUCACCUGGUGCGCCCAGGUGAUCUGAGCGGACACAGUGACUUCCACCUGUUCAAGGAGGGAAUCAAACCCAUGUGGGAGGACGAUUUUAACCGCAGCGGGGGGAAGUGGAUCAUUCGUCUCCGCAAAGGUCUGGCGAGUCGUUUCUGGGAGAACAUCAUCCUCGCCAUGGUGGGGGAACAAUUCAUGGUUGGGGAGGAGAUCUGUGGAGCUGUGGUCUCUAUACGCUUCCAGGAGGACAUCUUAUCCAUCUGGAACAAAACGUCCAAUGAUCAGACGACGACGUCGAGAAUCCGAGACACACUGAGACGAGUCCUGAACCUUCCAGCAAAUACCAUCAUGGAGUACAAGACGCACAACGACAGCCUCAGGCUGUGUGUGUUUCAGGGACAACUCGAGCUUCAGAAACACAAAGAUUUCUCUCUGAAGACGCGGAGGUCGUCUGACCAAUCGGGACGCGGAUCACCACCAUCUCACCCUGCUCUCUCAUUGUACAGUUGAGGUGUGUGUGUGUGUGUGUGUGUGUGUGUGUGUGUGUGUGUGUGUGUGUGUGUGUGUGUGUGUGUGUGUGUGUGUGUGUGUGUGUGUGUGUGUGUGUGUGUGUGUGAAGAUUUAUCUGUUUUUGGUGGGAACUUACAAACUGAACUGUUCGGACCAAUGUACAAUGAAGAGAUCAAAGACUUGACAAAUGACUGGGGGGGGCAACUUAAUUUUUUUUGGUGCCAGGUCUCCAUGGCAACAUGUUCUCAAAUCAUACACAAGCCAGGAAAUUGUAACGUCAGACAAAUGAAAAGGGCACCACCUUGUGGCGCCUUUUUGGCAUUACAGCAUUCAGCCGACACUCGUCUGUUACAGAUGACCUCGGCUCUUGUUUACAAGACCAGAGGUUGAACACGUAGCGUGACAGUGAAAUCUUAAAAACAGUAGAUGAGUGAGAACAUUCUGCUCUUAGUUUACUGUCAACAUGAGGGAAAUUUUGGCUCAACUGUUAAAAGUGAUUAUGUCUAAAGCUAAAUUUCGUGACAUUGAACUCAUUCCCCACUGUCUGACUUUAUCAGAGGUAAUGUGCUAGUCUGAAAAAAUAAAAAAAAUAUGAUGCUUAA